CAUAAACGUUUUUGUCUAUGAGAGUAAUUAAUAUUUACUUAUUUUUUUCCAAAUAUGAAUGAGAAUUAUUCGUUUUGAAAGUUUCAUUACUCAUGCAAAAUUAUAUUUAUGGACUAAAGAAACAUUAUGUUGAUUUAGAAAACUGCAAUGGAGACUAUGGACACUCAUAUUUAUAAGAUCUGAUAAAUAUAACUGGUCAGUUGAAUGAACAAUCGUGAAAGCCUGUUUUUAUCCAUAUCAAAUUAUGAAAACUGAGUCGUCAAGUUUAGUAAAUCUAUGCCAAAUAUCCAACAGAGAAAUUUCAUCUCGAUCUCCUCGAAUAUUGGAUUUUAUUCUAGAACACAUCUGAGAAUUCUCAUCGUAAAUUCCAAUCGGUAGAACACUAAGCUCUUAAUCCACUGGUCUCUGCAGCCUCGGUUAUUCUCUACUUAUUGUACAAUAUUUUAGGUCCAAAUGAAACCCGCCUUACAGUUGACUCACUGGUACACCAAGAAUCCCAGCGAAACAAAUUGUUCUUCAAUAUAAAACAAAGAAAAGAUCAUUCAUAUCCGGUUACUUUUCACCAUGAUCAAUUGCUUGUUCAGUUGGUGCAAGAGGAUGGGAACAUGAAAGUGGACAAUCUUAUAGUCCCAAAACCAGCUGUUAAUCGGAAGUCAUAUCGUUGGGAUGAACCUCAACAGCCAACACUACUAAAUAGAUCCAAAUACCUGAGACAGUUUCGAAAAUAUCACAGUAAUUCGUAUUAUAAGAGUAAUACAAAAUCUGGCGAUAAUCCUUCUCCACAUAGUGGGUGUGCAGUAGAUGUAAACAAACCUAAUGUGUCGCAUAAUUCUUCUACUAAAAGAAAGAGGACUAAUAAUUCAUGUCAAAAAAGUUCUACCAAUUCAAAAAGAAACUCUCCUCUCUCCGUAUCAAGUCUUGACAGUGGCCAAAUGGCUGAAGUUCAAAAUAAGCUGGACAAUCUUCAGAUACUUUUGUCACAAAUUAAUAAUUUGAAAGUGAAUGACGAGAAAAUCGGUGACUCAACGGUUACUAAUAGUAAACCAGAUGGAUGUGAUGUCCCUAAGAUGGAGGUUCUUCAAGGUCAGACACAGGAAGAAAAUAAACCAGUAAGGCAGGCAGAUGAAUCUGUAUUAUUUCAAAAGUUACCGAAUUAUGUUACAUUUUCUGUGAAGAAAUCACAUCAGUAUGCCGUUCGAAAUUGGCUACUUUCUAAUUAUAACCACAUUUAACUACUUAUUUUAUUAAUAGUAGUCGAAAAUUAAUCGACUGUUUUUAAAAAUACAAAAUAUACAAAAGC